UCUGACAGAUGUGACUAUGUCUUUGUCAAUGGGAAGGAAAUGAAAGGCAAAGUGAAUGUCAUAGUUAAUUUUACUUACCAGCAUCUGAGUGCCCCAUUAGAAAUGACAGUCUGGGUUCCUCGUCUCCCGCUGCAGAUAGAGGUGUCUGACACAGAGCUAAAUCAGAUCAAGGGAUGGAGAGUCCCCAUCAUCUCUAAUAAGAGACCGGCCAGGGACAGCGACGAUGAAGAAGAGGAUGAACGUAAAGGAAGGGGCUGCGCCCUUCAGUACCAACACGCGAUGGUGCGAGUGCUCACCCAGUUUGUGGCUGAAGCCUCGGACCCUGGCAGCCAACUGAGCUAUUUGCUGGGCUCUGACUGGCAGAUUGACAUUACCGACCUGGUGAGUGACUUCAUGCAGGUGGAGGAGCCAAGAAUCGCUAAGCUACAGGACGGACAGGUCUUGAUCGGGCAGGAGCCGGCUGUUGCUAACUUCGGUUUUUCUUUCCAGAUAUUGUCCCCCCUUUCAGAUGCUAUCUUGGCCGAGAAGACGGUGACAGUCCUGGAUGAGAAGGUGACAAUAACUGACCUGGGAGUGCAGCUGGUGACGGGGUUGUCGCUCUCUCUGCAGCUCAGCCCAGGAAGCAAUAAGGCCAUCUUUGCUACAGCAGUGGCACAAGAGCUGCUCCAGUCUCCGAAGCAGGAAGCAGCCAUCAGCUGCUGGAUCCAGUUUAGUGAUGGAUCUGUCAUGCCCCUGGAUAUUUAUGACUCCAAAGACUUCUCUUUGUCAGCCACAUCUCUGGAUGAGAAGGUAGUCUCCAUUCACCACGACCCCAUAUUCAAGUGGCCUGUGAUUGCUGCUGAAACAGAAGGCCAGGGGACGCUGGUGAAGGUAGAGAUGGUGAUCAGUGAAUCGUGCCAGAAAUCCAAAAGAAAGAGCAUCCUCGCUGUUGGGAGUGGGAGCAUUAAAGUCAAGUUUGGGCAGAGCGAUGCCAACCCUAACAUCAGUGACAGUAAACACAGGGGUGCUGGUGUCCACCUAGAAAACCACACCAGUGACCGGCGUCAGAAAACCACCCUGCAGGAAAGAGCUGGGCUGGAUGGCCAGUAUUACAGCUCCUCAAUGGGCCACGAGCAAGGCAAAGGGACCACCACUCAGAGGUCUAUUUUGAGUAAAAAAGAAGACAGGGAAAGCCUCCUGGAUGACGACAGCCACCUGCAGAACAUCCCGAUAGACUUCACCAGCUUCCCUGCGCAGGUGGAUCUGCCAAGAAGCAACGGAGACUUAGAGGAGAAUGACCUAGUCCAGAGCCCUAGGGGACUCAGCGAUCUGGAGAUAGGGAUGUAUGCUCUUCUGGGAGUCUUUUGCCUGGCAAUUCUGGUCUUCCUCAUCAAUUGUGUCACUUUUGCUUUGAAGUACAGGAACAAACAAGUUCCCUUUGAAGAGCAAGAAGGCCUGAGCCACUCUCAUGACUGGGUUGGGCUGAGCAACAGGACAGAACUUCUGGAGAAUCACAUCAAUUUCUCAUCCCAACAAGAUGAACGUAUCACAGCCAUUGACAGAGGAGUGGACUAUGAAGAGAGCAAAUAUCUCCUCAACACAAAUGCCGCCAAAAAUACCAAUGGACAAUCUUUCAGGUCGACUGAGACCACAUUCACUGAAGGGAAAGAACUGAAAAGUGAACCAACUGCUUCUCCUACCUCUAAGAGGAAACGGGUUAAAUUCACCACCUUUACCACCAUCUCCUCGGAUGAUGGGUGCCCAACUGUCAACUCAAUCUUGAUGAGUAGUGAGGAUGACAUUAAAUGGGUCUGCCAGGACAUGGACCUGGGGGAGUGCAAAGAGCUUAAAAACUAUAUGGAGAGGUUACAUGAAAAUGUGCAGUGA